ACGGUGAUCAGGAUAGGCUUAUAUAUAUUUGUAGCAUUAGUAACUUGAGUUUGUAACGUGCUUUAAACUGAAUUAAUUGAGAUAUACUAAUCUUAAGUGUUGCUACAUUUUAGCAUAUAAGAAACCAGAAACGAAAAUUGCCAUGGUCUUCUUAAAACUAUUAUUCUGCAGUAAUAGUUUAAUGCUGAUUGCCGCGAUAAUUUCUUCUUGCGAUGCAGUUUCAGAAGACAGGCGAUGUAAUAAUGAUUCUAGUUUUCAAAAUUUGCAUGAUAUAUUACAAAAUUAUGAAAUCCAAGGUUAUGAUAUCGAGUUGGACGUAAUGAAUGCUGAAGCAGGCGUAUUCUCUGGUUCUACUAAAAUCACAAUCGAAAAUUUUUGCGACACACGUUACAUAAUUUUGCAUUCACUAAAUCUGCAUAUAAAAACUCUUAAUUUUGCGCACUCCUCUAAAUAUGGAACUCUAUAUAGUUUACCGAUUAUAGAAGAGAAUAUAAACCAUACACAUGUUAUUGUUCUUGAUUUAUGGAAAAGAAAAUAUUGUAAAAAUUCCUCUUGUUCUCUCGUGGAGAAAUUGGUAUCACCUGGACGUUACGACAUAUAUUUUUCGUAUACCGGAGUAGUAACAGAUAAUCCAAACUUUUUUACUACUACGUAUAUAAAUGAUGCAAACAUAAAAACGUGGUUACUCGCAACAAAUUUCUAUCCAACCCAAGUUCGACGAGUGUUUCCGUGUUGGGACGUGGCGGAAUCAGUAACAUCAUUUAUUCAAAUUAAAGUUGUACAUCCUAAAGCUUACACUAUUUUUUCAAAUAUGCCGACAUUAACUACAUCUGACACUGACCGUGGUGUUCGGACCACGUUUGACCUUAUUCAUGAAAUACCGCAUUAUCUUGUGGCAAUAGCGAUGGUCUCCAAAUUCAUCAAGUUUUACAAUAUUGAGACAAAAAUAUCUAUGUAUUGCAGACAGGACUUUCCUAUGGUUAGCUUUGCAAAAAAAAGCAUUAAUAAUAUAACGUUGUUUUAUCACAAAAAUUGGAAAUUCGGGAAAAACUUUCCAAAAGUGGAUUAUUUACUAAUCCCGAGCUAUCCGCAUGACUUCAUGCACUACUUAGGACUAGUUUUCAUCAGAUUAACUUGUGAACAGCUCCCCUACUAUGCAUUGUGAAUUAUAAAAAUGAUGCAAAAUACCAUGAUUGAUGCAAGAACAAAUAAUUCCUACAAUAUUCUAUAUCCAAAUAAUAAAAUGACACUCUUUUAUAAUAAAUUUAUUUGUA